AUUAUUGAUUUUAUAUUUCAUUCAAAUUCCGAGAAGAUCAGCGAUUUCUGUAUUAUUUCUGUCUUUCAACAAUGUCAUUCAACCGGCCCGACCGCUUCCAUUGCUUUGCUUUCUUUACACCCCUUACACCCCUGUGUUGUAUUAAAAUUGUAUAUUUAACGAAUUAAAAUGACGUGGACAUGCAGAUAAUCGGCAGCAAUCUCCUCGAAUCGAUGAAGGUAACCUAAAAUGGCUCGCCCACGCAGAACGGUGCAGAUAAUCAGUAACAAGGGUGACAAAGGCAAUAGCAGCAGCAGUAAUGGAAGUGCGACUUCAUCGCCGGCGAAGAACAAGGCCGUGAUCUUCACCUACUGGAAGGAGGCUGUUGGUUUCAUAUGUUUAGUUAUUGCAGCAACAGUUGGCUACCAGGGCUACUUAGAGACCCGUGUAAAUACACCUUAUGAUGAUAAAAAAGUUGUUAUACAUAGUGGACUAGAUGUACCUGAAACAUUUUGGGGUUCUUAUAGACCCGGAACUUAUUUUGGUCUCAAAACAAGAGACCCUCACUCAUUAGUUACUGGUUUGAUGUGGUAUUCACCUAAGAAAUUAACUAGAGGUGGUGAUGGCAUUAAACAUUGGUGUGAGCAGGGUGACAAUCUUGACCAGUAUGGGUGGAUAGCUCAUGAUGGUGCAAACUUUGGUGUUCAAGAAAUUUAUGAUGGCAAUUUUAUCCUUACCACCAGUUUUGUCAAGAGACUGGGUGGAAAUAAUGGGGGUGAUUGGACAGCAAGAAUAUCAGUUGAUAUCAAACCUGGUGUUGAGAAAAAAAUCAAAGACGAGAUUUCAUUGAUCUGGUAUACGGCUCUCGAUGAUCCACCAAGCACGCAAAACUUUAUCACAACGAGUGAUGACAGUACUCCACUUACGGGAGUGAAGGGUCACACACCCGGUUUGGGCGACUUUAGUAUCAAAUUGUUUAAUCAUUCCGGUGCUAUUCAACAUGAGUCGUUUGUAAGCACUGUUGCGCCAGGCUUGCACUUGUUGAAAGAAACGGUGUUAUCAUCGCUUCGAUUGCUGGAAGAUAGUCCGAAUGGACCCAAGAAGAUUGUCCUUGGAGGCGAAUUGUUACCAAUCACUGGCCAAGUCACUGGUGAUCGUCCUCAGCCGAAUUUUAUCGCAACGCAAGUAACUGCACAAGCACCGUUCACAUUGGACGUAGUGUUCGAAUCAGCUAGUAAUACGAGGGAAGCGCCUCUUCUAGGCGACGUUUACGACACUGCGUUAGCAUGGCACCAGAGUCGAUUCGAGCAGAGAUUCGAGAAUACAUUUGGGCUAAAAGAAAAAGGUUAUGGACCUAAAGAAAUUCGUUUUGCGCAAGCCGCCUUGAGCAACAUGAUCGGUGGAAUUGGAUAUUUCUACGGCUCGUCGCGUGUUCAAAGUGCUUAUACAAAAGAACCAGUGCCAUCGUGGAAAGCGCCCCUGUACACAGCUGUGCCAUCGCGGAGUUUCUUCCCACGCGGUUUCCUCUGGGACGAAGGCUUUCACGGUUUUCUUGUCGCCAGCUGGGACAUCGAUGUCGAGCUAGAUAUCAUCAGUCACUGGUUCGAUCUGAUGAACGUCGAGGGUUGGAUCCCACGCGAACAGAUCCUUGGCGUCGAGGCGCUUGCUAAAGUCCCCGAAGAGUUUGUCACGCAACGUAAUAACAACGCCAACCCACCCACAUUCUUCCUCACGCUGCAAUACAUCCUACGCAAUUUCGACAAUCAAAUCACCGCCAAGCGAUUAGAGGUUUUUGAAAAGUUAUAUCCACGAUUGCAAGCAUGGUUCAACUAUUUCAAUACAACGCAGAGAGGUGAAAGUAUGGGGACUUAUCGAUGGCACGGACGUGAUACAACCACCGUGCACGAGUUAAAUCCAAAAACUUUAGCGUCAGGUUUAGAUGAUUUUCCUCGCGCAUCGCAUCCCACUGACGAAGAGCGCCAUAUUGACAUGCGUUGCUGGAUCGCCAUCGCAGCCGAUACCCUGGCGAAAAUCUCGUCCAUUCUAGGCCGCGAUGGUUACAAAUACGAUCAGACGGCGCUUUACUUAACUGACAACGAAUUAAUGGACAAGUUACACUGGUCCGAUUACGCUCAGAUGUACGCCGAUUAUGGUUUACACACUGAUUCUGUAGUUCUUAAGCGCCCAAAGCCAAAUCCACGAAGUCAGACGCAAAGCUCCGAAAUGAUUCGCGUCACACUGAAAAACCCAGAAUACCGAUUGGUGGACAGCUCAUUUGGUUAUAUAAGUCUUUUCCCAUUCUUGCUGCAGAUCGUAGAUGAAACAUCGCCUAAAUUAGGUAAAAUUUUAUCGGAUUUAGAGAAUCCAAACUUGUUGUGGACCGAGUUUGGUUUGCGGUCAAUUGCGAAAAACUCUCCCAUGUACAUGAAGAAAAACACAGAACAUGAUCCACCGUAUUGGCGCGGGCCGAUUUGGAUCAACAUCAACUUCCUAGCUAUUCGCGCAUUGGACUUCUACGCCAAGAAAGAAGGCCCCUAUCAGGAGCAAGCGCAAAGGAUCUACACGCGACUGCGGAAGAACGUUAUAGACAAUGUUAUCAAGCAGUACUAUAAAUCGGGGUACAUCUGGGAGCAGUACAACGACACAACUGGGCAAGGUAGUGGUUGUCGGCCUUUCACGGGCUGGUCGGCGCUAGUAGUCCUUCUCAUGGGCGAAAAGUUCUAAGCAAGUCAAUUAGAUUACGUAAGCUAAAAUUAGUUUCGUUUUAAUUUGUAAAGUAAACGAAUCAACAAUUA